CGCGUGGAUCAAUCAAAAUUUGAAUUCUGUUUAUCAGACAGGAUCCAAGAAAAGAAGACCGUUUCGUUUCAUCUCCAUCUCCAUCUCAAACCCUUACUCUCUUCACUCUUCUCUCUCUCUGCUCUGCUUUCACGACCACGCCAUAAUAACCAAUCUACAAAAUACAGUCAUAACGAAAACGACCCAUCUACUCUCGUCCUACUCUUUCCACAUUCCCAUUCCAUUCACAAUUUGUAAAUAAUUUUACGCAAUUCAAACAUCGUCUCUGCUCCCAGUUUUUGGAAACCAGAAACACAGAAUGGUCGCCGCAAAAGUCAAAACGGCGAUGGGACUGCAGAAAUCGCCUGCUCGGACGAAGGCUAAGCCCGACGCCUCGCCAAAACCGCCGGGAUCCGGCAAGCCGACAGGACAGAAAGGCUCCGGCAACGGCUUCUCCCGCUCGUUCGGCGCCUACUUCCCGCGCUCCUCCGCGCAGGUCCAGCCGCGGCCGCCGGACGUCUCCGAACUCAUCCGAUUGGUCGAGGAUCUGCGCGAGAGCGAGUCGCGCCUCAAGACGGAGCUCCUCGAGCACAAGCUGCUGAAGGAGUCCGUCGCGAUCCUGCCGAUGCUGGAGAGCGAGAUUUCGAACAAGGAUUGUGAAAUUGAGCGGUUUAGGAAGAAGAUCGAGUGCCUGGAGAUGGAGAAUGAGCGGCUCAGGAAUGACAACGAGUUUCUGCACAUCGAAUUGACCAACCAGAAUCACAAUUACGAAGAGAAGAUCAAAUACAUGCAGGCCGAAUUGUGCGAUAUUAAACGAGCAUUCGCCGAGCACGAGGAAACAACGUCUUCUUCGUCUUCGUCUUCUCCGCCGAAUCUCGCUGAUGUCACCAAUAAUUACCACAAAUCCAAUUUCUCUGCCAAGGUUUUGCGAAAAUGCGUCACGCAGAGUAACAUUGCCUCGAAUUUCCGCGAGUCCGUCGCGAGCCUGAAGAAGGAUGAUCUUGGAGGUACGGCGGAGAACGCCGAGCGGCCUCGGAGUUCCCGCUUCGAUUCCGAGGAGAUUCACGGAACUUCCGAAGCGAUGAUCGCGAUUCGAUCCCGCGCGCCGCGGGUUCCGAAGCCGCCACCGCUGCCGUCGUCGUCUCAGUGUUCAUCCGCCUCUCUUGCUGAUUCAGCUGACCGCACAUUGGCGGAGAUUUCCAACAUUCCGCCGCCGCCACCGCCUCCGGCGAAGUCCAAGGUGGCUGCGCCGCCUCCUCCGCCACCACCUCCGAAGGGGGGUACUGCGAUGCCUCCUCCUCCGCCAGCGCCUCCGGCGAAAUCCAAGGUGGCUGCGCCUCCUCCUCCUCCACCACCUCCGAAGGGGGGUAAAUCGAAGGCGGCGUUGGCAAAGGUCAGGAGAGUUCCGGAGGUUGUUGAGUUUUACCACUCGCUGAUGCGGAGGGAUUCGAGCUUUAGACGCGAUUCCGGUGCCUCCUCCGAUGGGAUAUUGGCCGGAGCUGCGGCCAAGGAUAUGAUUGGAGAAAUUGAGAACCGCUCUUCACAUUUACUUGCGAUCAAGACAGAUGUGGAGACCCAAGGAGAUUUCAUUAGUUUCUUGAUCAAAGAAGUUCAAAAUGCUGCUUUCACUGACAUUGAAGAUGUUGUCCCGUUUGUUAAAUGGCUUGAUGAUGAGCUCUCACAUCUGGUUGAUGAGAGAGCUGUGCUGAAGCACUUCAACUGGCCGGAGCAGAAGGCUGAUGCACUGAGAGAAGCUGCUUUUGGCUACUCUGAUCUGAAGAAGCUGGAGUUUGAAGUUUUGUCGUUUCGCGAUGAUUCUAGGCUGCAUUGUGCUCCUGCUCUCAAGAAAAUGCAGUCCCUCUUCGACAAAUUGGAGCACAGUGUUUACAAUUUGUCGAGGUUGAGAGAAGUGGCUACUAAUCGGUACAAACUUCACCAUAUUCCGAUGGAUUGGAUGCUUGAAACCGGCUUUGUGAGUCAGAUAAAACUGGCAUCAGUGAAAUUGGCAAUGAAGUACAUGAAGAGAGUAACGGCAGAGCUGGGAAUGGUAACCGGUGUUCCUGAAGAAGAGGAUCUCAUAGUCCAAGGCGUCAAGUUCGCCUUUCGAGUUCAUCAGUUUGCUGGGGGUUUCGACGCGGAGACCAUGAAGGCGUUUCAAGAACUGAGGGACAAGUUUCAGUUGUGCCAAAAUCAACAUCAACGGAAAUUUAUUUGCUGAUUCUGUAGCAAACUCAGCUUCAGAAAAUGGCUUAUUUUUUGUUGUUGUAUAGACUUCAAAAAUGGGAUAUAUGCAGAUUUGUUGUUAAUACACUUAACUUGCGAUCCAAAUAUAUUUAAUUAUUUGAAAAUAAAUGAAAAUUUGACAA